CACACAACUUGUUUCAUCACCACCCCAUUCAAGAAUACUUCUUGACAUAUAUCUCUGAAGAAGAAAUGAACUUCAUAGCAUGCAGGUGCAGGGGGAUCAUCAUCCUCUUCAUAUUCCUGUGUGUCCUAGUAAAACUCUCUUCAACUUACACCAUGGAAGCAAAUGCACUCUUGAAGUGGAAAGCCAGCCUUGACUACCAAAGCAAACCCACCUUGUCAUCUUGGAAGAACGGGACCAGUCCAUGCAGAUGGAAGGGGAUUCAUUGUGAUAAAUCCAGGUCCAUCACGACCAUGAGUCUUGAAAAUUUUGGACUCCAAGGUACACUCCACACUCUCAACUUCUCCUCAUUCCCCAGCCUCCUCACCAUAAAUAUCUACAACAAUUUCUUUUAUGGAACCAUACCCCCUCAAAUUGGUAAUAUGUCCAGAGUCAAUAUAUUGAACUUCUCUAAAAAUUCUUUUGAGGGUUCCAUCCCUAAAGAGAUGUGGACUUUGAGGAGUUUACAAAUGCUUGAUCUUUCACUCUGUUCCAGUCUAAGUGGACCAAUCCCAGGUUCCAUUGCAAAUUUGACCAACUUAACAUAUCUAGACUUAGGAAGCAACAAUUUUUCUGGUAGCAUUCCUCAUGAGAUUGGAAAAUUGGUCAACCUUAAUUAUCUUGCUGUCAGCGGAAACCACUUGUCUGGUUUCAUUCCGCAAGAAAUUGGAAGACUGACGAACCUUACGCUGCUUGAUUUGUCAGAGAACACUCUCAAUGGUACUAUCCCUUCUGUAAUAACUAACCUCAGCUACUUGAAUGCACUUCUUCUUGAUAAUAACACCCUUUCUGGCCUAAUCCCACCAUCCCUGUGGAACAUGUCUAAGUUGAAUUAUCUUUUUCUUAAUGGCAAUCGACUUUCUGGAUCAAUCCCUGCUUCCAUCGGAAACUUGGCCAAUUUGAUAGGCCUUACACUUGAUUCCAACCACCUUUCUGGACCCAUUCCUUCUACCAUUGGGAAUAUGACAUUACUUAGCUACUUAUUCCUUGGCUGGAAUCAUUUCUUUGGACGAAUUCCUGCCUCUAUUGGUAACCUCAUCAAUUUGGCUAUACUUGAACUUGAAGGAAACAAUUUCUCUGGCUCUAUUCCUGAUACAAUUGGAAACCUGAAAAAGCUUACCAGACUAGAUUUGUCCUUUAACAAGUUUAGUAGCAAACUUCCACAAACCAUGAAUAACUUUACCAUUUUAGAGGUCUUUCUACUAACCGAAUGUAAUCUCACUGGCCAUUUGCCAACUCAAAUCUGCUUAGGUGGCUCAUUAGUAUACUUUAGUGCUGAAGGCAACCAUUUUACUGGUCCAGUUCCAACAAGCUUGAAGAAUUGCUCUAGUAUUGCCAGAAUUGUUCUACAUGGAAAUCAAAUAGAGGGAGACAUAACAAAAGCUUUUGGCAUAUAUCCAAAUAUGAAGUAUAUUGAUCUAAGUGAUAAUAAAUUUUAUGGCCAAAUUUCUCCAGACUGGGGGAAGAGCCAUAGUCUCUUGAACUUGAUCAUGUCCAGCAAUAAUAUUUCUGGCCAUAUACCAAAGCAAAUUGCUGAGGCUGCUAAGCUAGGCAGGCUUCACCUUUCUUCAAACCAAUUAACAGGACAGGUUCCAAAGGAGUUAGGGAGGUUGAAAAACCUGCUUGAACUCAAGAUCAGUAACAAUCAUCUUUCAGGGAAUAUUCCAUCAGAAAUAGGAUCACUGCAGAAUCUUGAACGCUUGCAUCUAGCAGGAAAUGAGUUGAGUGGGAACAUACCAACAGAAGUUGUUAAGUUACCCAACUUGUUGGAAUUGAACUUGAGCAACAACAAGCUAGAGGGAAGCAUCCCCGAGUUUCACAUAACCCAACUUUUGUAUUCUCUUGAUCUUAGUGGGAAUAUGUUGCAUGGACCAAUACCAACAGUGCUUGGAGAGUUGAAACAAUUGCAAUUGCUGAACCUCUCUCACAAUAAUCUUUCUGGCACAAUUCCAUUAAGUUUUGAUAGCAUGUCAAGCUUGGUUUAUCUCAACAUAUCAUACAACCAGUUAGAAGGACCACUACCAAAUAAUGAAGCCUUUCUUCAUGCUUCAAUUGAAUCAUUGAAAAAUAACAAAGGCUUGUGUGGUAAUGUCACUGGCUUGGUGGCAUGCCCAAGAAUCAGUCCUAUCCGCAAAAAUCACAAGGUCGUGUUAUUAGUAUUACUUCUUGUCUUUGGAGUACUAAUACUUAUACUUUGUGUGGUGGCUAUUUCAAUGUAUAUUAUUUGUAGAAGAGCCAGAAUGAAAGAAGACCCGGCUAAGGAAGCAAAAGCAGAAGAACACUUUUCCAUAUGGAGCCAUGAUGGAAAAAUGGCGUUCGAAACUAUCAUUGAAGCCACCAAUAAUUUUGAUGACAAGUAUCUCAUUGGAAUUGGAGGCCAAGGAUCCGUAUACAGAGCUGAGUUGCCAGGUAUGGUUGUUGCUGUGAAGAAACUUCACAUGGAAUCAGAUGCAGAUGAUAAGUUCAAUUCGAAGGCAUUUGAAAAUGAGAUCAAAGCAUUGACAGAAAUGAAGCACCGAAACAUCAUAAAGCUGUAUGGUUUUUGCCAGCAUUCACAAUUCUCAUUUUUGGUGUACAAGUACUUGGACGGUGGCAGUUUGGAUCAUGUACUAGGUGAUGAAAAGCAAGCAACUGCAUUUGACUGGGAAAGGCGGGUGAAUGUGGUUAAAGGAGUUGCUAAUGCUUUGUCAUAUAUGCAUCAUGGUUGCAAACCCCCUAUAGUUCACCGCGACAUAUCAAGCAAGAAUGUCCUUUUGGAUUCAGAAUAUGAAGCUCAUGUCUCUGAUUUUGGGACAGUUAAGUUUCUACAGCCUGGUUCAAAUUGGACCACACCUGCAGGAGUCACCUAUGGCUAUGGAGCUCCAGAGCUUGUUCAAACUAUGGAAGUGACUGAAAAAUGUGAUGUAUAUAGUUUUGGAGUGCUUUGUUUCGAAAUCCUUAUGGGAAAGCAUCCGGCAGAUCUGAUCAAUUCAUUGUUGUCGCCAUCAACAGCUUCAAUAACAUACAAUUUGCUAUUGGUUGAUGUAAUUGAUCAAAGGCCUCCUCAUCCUGAGAAGUCAGUUGUUGGGGAAAUCAUGUUGAUCACAAAGUGGGCGCUUGAGUGUUUGAGCCAAAGUCCACAAUUUCGGCCAACCAUGCAUCAAGUGUCUAAAGAACUCAUGAUGGGAAAAUCAUCUUUCUCUCAUGACCACUUUCCCAUGAUCAGACUUGGACAACUCAAUCAAGAAUUAUUGGAAACUCCACUUAUGUGAUUAAUGAUUAAUCGCAUCCCCUUUCUUAUGAAUAGUGUGUCAUAGGCUUGUUUAAUUUGUAACAUGUAUGUAUGAGUUAGUUUCUUUCUUUGAUUGUGUUUUCAAUAGCAAAAGGAGCUGUGUUCGAUCUGGGCAGCAUCUACCUCAACUUGUAGGUGACUCGUAGAUUAGUGUGUUUUGUUAAAGAUAAGUUUGUGGUACUUGAAUGGAUGAAUAAAAGUAGUGAUUGUUAUGUUGCCUGAAA